UUUCCCACUACUUGUUGACGCUUUUCGCUCCCACGGCCCUGCCUUCUGGAUGUUAUCCCCACCCACAGUUUCACCCUUCCAGUAAAGGGCGGAUCUCGGGCGCUCAGACGAUUCGACGCGCAAAGCCGCUUUAGUCGGAUAACCCAGCAAAAGCACGUCGGGCGCACGGGCGAGCUCGCCGAGGGAACGCGUCGGCUCCAGGAAAAAUACUUAAGAGGAGAUCCACAACAAGAUAAGAACAGAAAUACAGCUACCAGAAGCAGUUGAACACAGACGCAUAGAAAUGACAUCAGCUCCUGGAUACCCUGGGUCAGCAUAUCCUGGACAACAGGCACAGUAUGGAUACCCUCAAUAUGCACCUGGACCAGGAAAAUAUGCUCCUGGACCAGUUUUUCAAGGUGCUCCUGGACAGCCUCCUUAUGCACAGCAGGGUUAUCCAGGAACCUACGGAGCUCCUCCAGUUCAGGGCCAGCCUAAUGCAGCUCCUGGUGCAAUAUGGAUGCCAGUACCACCACCACCUCCCAACUGUCCUCCUGGGCUGGAGUAUUUAAGCCAGAUCGACCAGAUAUUAAUUCAUCAGCAGCUUGAGCUUCUAGAAAUACUAACUGGCUUUGAAACUGCCAACAAAUAUGAACUAAAGAAUGCUUUGGGGCAAAGGGUGUACUUUGCAGCCGAGGAAAAUGACUGCUGUACGCGAAACUGCUGCGGACCAGCGCGACCAUUUACAAUGACAAUUAUUGACAACAUGGGCCAUGAAGUCAUCCAGCUCAUGCGACCUCUCAGAUGCUCUAGCUGCUGCUGUCCUUGCUGCUUACAAGAGCUUGAAGUUCACGCCCCACCAGGCAAUCCAAUUGGGUAUAUUAAACAGAUCUGGGAUCCCUGUCUGCCUAAAUUUUCUAUCCAAAACCAAGCCCAAGAAGACAUACUUAAAGUUGUUGGGCCCUGUGUAGUCUGCAGCUGCUGUGAAGAUAUUAACUUUGAGGUGAAGUCAGUAGAUGAGAAGAACACGGUUGGAAGGAUUUCUAAGCAAUGGACCGGGUUUGUGAGGGAGGCCUUCACAGAUGCUGACAAUUUUGGAAUCCAGUUUCCAGCGGACCUCGACGUUAAAAUGAAAGCUGUCAUGAUUGGGGCUUGCUUUCUUAUAGAUUUCAUGUUUUUUGAACAUGGACAAGAUCGGCGCCAGGGAACUGGGGUCUGGUAACAGAGCUCACGUCUGCAUUAUAAAAGCUUCAAAGAAAACUCUUGUGUUACUUCUAUUUUUGCUUGGCCAAAGUGGAGUAUCUCAUAUAAGGGAUUUUCCUUACAACUUAUUUUUGUACUAUGGCUGCUGCUCUCACACUUACAGUGCCGUAAUGCUCCUAUUUAUGGGGGGGGGGGCAGCUUUAAGAUUAGUAAUACAUUGAAGUGUAUAUUUUUAUUUCAUUUUACUAUUUUUGAUAUAUUAAAUGUAUACCUAUAGGGCUGCCGCUAGUGCCAUUUUUCUUAAUAGAAAGGCAGGCUACAAAUCAGAAUAAAUAAAUAGGGAGAGAUCCUGCCCCAUGUACAGUGCUCUGGAAGGAUGGCACACAUGGGCAAUGUAAAAAAGUUGUUGUGAGAAAUGGAAAAGGCUUCUGUAUUUUAAAUUAAGGAUCAUGCUCUAGUUUUCUAUGUAGAGCCAAUAUAAAACAAACUUCGAAGGUA